CAAAAAUACAGAAGGACAAGCACUUUCAGAGCAUCUGAUAACAAGACGAGAGCUCAGAAGAAAAAAGGAUCUACAAACAUCUACAUUUUUUAAAGAAAUAAAUCAGUGACAGAUGAUGACGUCUGUUCCAGAGCUACUCGUGAACUCACUGAAUGAGCUUAAAGAAGAAGAACUGAAGAAGUUUCAGUGGUAUUUAAAGAAUGAUGGACUCCAUUCAACUUCUGAACUGGAGAAUGCAGACGUGUUAGAUACAGUGGAUAAGAUAGUGGCAUGUUAUGGACUAGAAGAAUCUGUGAAGAUUACAGUGAACAUCCUGAGGAAGAUGAAGCAGAACCAUCUGGCUGAACAGUUAGAGAACAAACUCAAGGAAGAGAAACACAAAGAAAAUCAAGAUGACAUAAGACAGCAAGAAUUCUUAAAAAGCCACAAAAGCAACAUGAAGAAGGAAGCAGAACAUAUUUUUGAGGGCAAAAAGGGAAAUGAAUGGAAAUCAAAUCUGGAUGAUGUUUACACAGAACUCUUUAUCACAGAGGGAGAUAUCAAAGAUGUCAAUCAUGCACAUGAGAUUCUGAAGACUGAUGAUGCUUUCAAGAGCCAGAAAUCACAGGAUAAACCAAUCAACUACAAUGACAUAUUCAGUUCACUGGGGAAAAAUAAUAGGAAAAAGACUGUUCUGACCAAAGGCAUCGCUGGCAUUGGAAAAACUGUCUCUGUGCACAAGUUCAUUCUGGACUGGGCUGAAGGAAAAGCCAAUCAGGAUGUAGACUGCAUGUUCCUGCUUCCAUUCCGAGAUGUAAAUUCAAUUAAAGAUAAAGAGAUCAGUCUCCAUGAGCUUCUGAAGAAAUUUUACCCUGAACUGAAGGAAAUGGAAAAAACAAAAUUAUAUACAGACUAUAAGCUUGUAUUUGUCUUUGAUGGACUUGAUGAGAGUCGACUGCCUUUAAAUUUUGAAAGCGGAAUGCUGAUGAGUGUUGAGGAAAGAUCAUCUGUUGAUGAACUGUUCACAAAUCUGGUCAAAGGGAAUCUGCUUCCAUCAGCUCUCAUAUGGGUGACCUCACGACCUGCAGUAGCCAAUCAAAUCCCUCCUGAGUAUGUGGGUUUGUUCACAGAGGUGCGAGGAUUCACGGACAAACAGAAGGAGGAAUACUUCAGAAAAAAAAUCAAAGAUGAGACUCAGGCCUCCAAAAUCAUCUCACACAUUAAGACAUCUCGUAGUCUCUACAUCAUGUGUCACAUUCCUGUGUUCUGUUGGAUCACGGCCACAGUUCUUCAGGAGAAUAACACAGAGGACAUUGAAACAACACUCACUGAAAUGUACAUUCACUUUCUAAUCAUACAGAUGAACAUGAAGAGUCAGAAAUAUGAUGCACAAUUUGAACGUGAGCGUACAAAGCUCUUGGAGUCCAAUAAAACGAUGAUUUUGAAGUUGGCCAAGCUUGCGUUUGAACAACUGAAGAAAGAAAACAUUGUGUUCUAUGAAGAAGAUCUGAAAGAAUGUGGUAUUGAUGUGAGUAAAGACUCUGAGUUCACAGGAAUGAUCGCUGAGAUCUUUAAGAAGGAAGAUGGACUUCAUGAGACGAAGGUCUUCAGCUUUGUUCAUCUGAGUGUACAAGAGUUCCUCGCUGCACUGUUUGUGUUCCUCUGCUACCUGAACAAGAACUUGGAGGAGCUUCAGUUUUUCUUUGAGAAGCCAGAUGAACCCAUCACACUACAUGACUUACUGCAGAAGGCUGUUGAUAAAGCCAUGAAGAGUAAGAGAGGACAUCUGGAUCUGUUUCUGCGGUUUCUGAUGGGCAUUUCACUGGAAUCCAGUCAGAAACUGCUCAAAGGCUUGAUCACACACUCUGAAGACACCAAAGAGAGCACAGUGAAAACAACUGAACACAUUCAAAGCAAAUUACAGGAGUACAUUUCAGAUGAAGCUUCAAUUAACCUGUUUUACUGUUUGCUUGAGCUGAAGGAUCAGUCACUAUUGAAGGAAAUUCAAGGAUACUUGAGUUCAGAUGCACAUCCAGGAAGAGAACUCUCCUCUUCAAUGUGUUCAGUGCUGGUCUAUGUACUGCUGAUGUCAGAGAAGGUGCUGGAUGAGUUCAACCCAAAGAUGUUCAACACAUCAUCAUAUAACUACAGGAGACUAGUGCCAGCUGUGAGAUGCUGCAGAAAAGCCAAAUUUGACAGCUGUCAUCUUGUUGAAACAUGCUGUGAAAGUUUGUCUUCAGUUCUACAAUCAUCAAACUCCCUGAGAGAGCUGGACCUGAGUAAUAAUGACCUGCAGGAUUCAGGAGUGAAGCUGCUCUCUGAUGCACUGAAGAGUCCUCACUGCACACUGGAUAUAGUGAGUCUGAGUCUCUGUAAUCUGACAGAGAAAAGCUGUUUUGCACUGGCCUCGGUUCUCAGCUCAAACUCCUCAAGUCUGAGAGAGCUGGACCUGAGUAACAAUGACCUGCAGGAUUCAGGAGUGAAGCUGCUCUCUGAUGCACUGAAGAGUCCUCAUUGUACACUGGAGAUACUGAGAUUAUCUGGCUGUAUGGUGACAGAGGAAGGCUGUUGUUCUGUGGCUUCAGCUCUGAGUUCAAACCCCUCACACCUGAGAGAGCUGGAUCUGAGCUACAAUCACCCAGGAGAAUCAGGAGUCCAGCUGCUCUCUGAAAGACUAAAUGAUCCAAACUGCACACUGGACAAACUUAAUGUGGAUCAUGGAGGAGAGUUCAUGAUUACAGCAGGACUACACAAAUAUGUCUGUGAUCUCACACUGGAUUCAAACACAGCACACACUGAACUCAUUCUGUCUGAGGGGAACAGGAAGGUGACACGUGCGAGAAAGUUCUCUGCUCAUCGGGAGAGUGCACACCCCUGCCGACUCAACGUCUAGAUUUCAAGCAGGUUUGAUAUCCAUCGUAGCAUCUAGGACUUGUCGGGCGUAUCUUGGGAGUGUGCACACAACACGACAUCGGUCGUGAGAUCUAUGACUUCUCGUCACGGGCCAAGACUAGCGCACACUCCACUACUCACUCGACUAGUCACUGACUCAAAACUUCAAAGCAGAUGAGCAUGAGUCGUGUAGUGUGCCCUAGGCUUCAGGCCCCUGAAGCUUUGACUAUAUGCUUUACCUCUAAAUUAAGCAUUAGCAAUAUGAAGUUUUUCCCUCUACAGUGCAAGUUCAGCCCCCUCUCCAGCUGCCGUGACCUGCAGGUUCCCAUUGUAGUUUUAUUUUUCACUGAUAUCACUAAUGUUUCACUGGUUUAAGGAACAUCUUAAUGUGCCUAAUUUGCUUUUAGCAGGUGUCUAUGGGUAAACCUCCAUUCUUUCCACAGGACUGUAUACAAGUUUCAUUAACGCUUUCUCUAUGGUAUCUUUCCAAGAUUUUUUGUUUCCUCCAAAUAUAGCCCACAGAUGGCAGGCAUCAUAUGUAUUCUCUCUACAGGCAUGUUACACAAACAAACAACAAGAAACCAACCCUGUAGUUAGAAAAGAUGCAUUUUCCACUUCAGAAAUUCCUGAAAUCAGACCAUUUAUGCCCGCUGCUGAAUAGGACACUCCAGGAGAGUUUUUAAUAGCAGGAGAAAUUUCACCAGUAUAUGCCUCAUGCCAGAGUCCACUGUCCCUGAAGCAUAUUUUAUUAACAAAACUGUUUUUAUUCACCUGGCACCUUUUACAAAAAUUAUCCAGCUGGUACUUAUGAAGAGAGUGUUAUCAAGUCAGGCCUGAAUCAGUUUUUGAGUUUUUAGCAAAAAUAGAUCUUAAAAGCCUUAUACAGGUUUUAAUCACUGUUCACGAUUAGUUCACGUUGCUGUCUGUGCUCCCCGUGUCGUUGUGAUUGGGUUUUGUCCAAAUUUCUUCAUUGCACACACCUAGACAAUGUACUUCUAGGCCCUUUAAAAAGACUGUGACUGCUAUGAAGGGGACUGCUCUUGGUGUCCUUUGGACCUUUUUCUUUGAUGUUUAUUUUGUGCACCCCCCCCCCCCACCACCUGCAGUACAUUACAUCUUUUUCCAUGCAUUCUGCUCUACACUACUGAUUGUACUGAAAAACACACAACAAAUGUUUUGUUAAUUAAAGAUCUUAUGUUUUGUUAAU